AUGAUUUCGUUGGAGGAUUACAACAAAAAGGCAUCACUCAGCCGGUUUCCAGUGCUUGGAGAAGUUGGUGCUGGUGGAGGAGGACCUGCUGAUAUCACCAAGGUUCUUAAGCUGGAGAAGACGAUCGAGCAGUGCGUGCUGUGGGAAGUCUUCGGUAAGCCUUCUCGACGUGGUUCUGACCAGCAUCAGCAGCAUCCGUACGAAACCGGGAAGCUAACCCACGUGACGGUAAACAUGCGGAUCUGGAGACGUGCCUUAGACAUCGGCACCAGCCCCGCGCAUUUUCGGCCACGCCACCCCUACGAAUGGACCUGCACCGCCGGCAAUGAUCUGCUACGAACGAUCUGCUGCAAGCCAAAACCGUCCGCAUAAUCGAAGAACCGUUUAAAGUGGUCUCUCGCAAGGCCAAAGAUUAUCGCGUCUUUGAUGGUUAGGUGUUUGUCGGGCGAAACGGACAGGUGCUCACGGCAUGCAGCCGAGAGAAACGGACCACCUCCAGCUGCCGGGACUCAACUAAAUCUUCAAACUCCUUUGCCCUGCCAUCACCGCGUUCGAGUUUCAAAACGUGCUUGUCCUGCAAAGCUUAAACGACCAUGUUCGGCGAGCGGAACGCGAUCCCACGAGCUCGUGGACAUGGACAGAGUCAGGGGAUUUUCGCUUGAUUGCACCUACUAGGCCCGGGACUUGGACUGAAUCUGAAUGUGCUGGAGCCGCAUCCGGUUUAGGAUGACUAACUGAAGCUGGUGAUUGUCGAGCAGAGGGGCGAGUACAUGCUGUAGUUGACCGUUGCAAGAUGUCGAUGAAGGAUAUAAACAAAACAGGUUGGGGUUUUUGGGGAUUGUUUUAUUGAAAUUUACACUUAUAGCACUUUGACCAACAUGUUGUCGUCCCCGUCCACGUUCUGCACCUCGUCGUUGUCUAACAGGCCCACUUCCGGUUUCGUCGAGGCCGUCCUCAUGACCGGUCCCAUCACCAGGGGCAAACACUGCUCGAACUAUUUGCUCAGAUCUUGCAGAUUCGUGCCCAGGCUGUAAUCAGAAUACGACGUCUGCAGAUCAUCCUCCGGCAGAUCUCCCUCGGUGUGGGUCUCCAGCAGCAUGUCCAUCACAUUCGACGCAUCGGACAUAAACUUUUUCGACACCCACGGCCAGUCAACCAACUAGACGCACUCGUAGCAGUCGCAGAUCUUCGUUGUUGUCGUUUUGGAUGAUCAACCGGUCGUAAUAUCCGACAAAAUCCUUCUCCGCAGUUUCCGCAACCGAUCCCGUUCAUGUAACGCGCCAGGUUUUCUUCGGACAACCCUCGCAAUAGUAGACCAGAGCUGCACGUCAUCGAGAGCAGCUGUCGGCGUGCCGUUGCUUUCAGUUCGGAAUGUUCAACAUGUUUGCAAUGUUUCCGAAAAUGUGCUGCUGAAUGGCGUUUCCAAAGCGAUCCAACGCCGACUCGGCUAUCAUGUUGUUGUCGCUCGUGUUAUCAUCGGCGGUCUCAUUUGACACGGAAGUCAUCGUUCUCCAGGUCGGUCAUCAUUUGUAGCACCAGUGGAACUGACGACAAGUACUUUUUCACCCUCUUGCGCAACAUACCCGGGGCAUUUUCCGACAGUGAAACUAUCACCUCGUAGAUAAUUUCAGCCGGAAUAAUAAUCACCCGUGGCAACAAAUCACCAAACUGACGAUCGUCAUCUUCCUUGUCUCGCAACAGAAUGAACGCUCCGACGGCACAAACCGCCUGGAAGCGCACCUCUGGAUCGAACGGUAGGUCCAGAUAUUUGACCAACAUGUGCUGGUUGCUGAAGAUCCCCGGCACCGACGAGAAGAUUCGCAGCGCCGAUUCCUGAAGCUGUACGGUCGGGGCACUCGCUUUCUAGAAUAGAAACUGCAGAAAUUUUGGCCACUGGUUGCUGCCGUUUUUGUUGAUCAGGUUGAGUGCCACCUCAGCAACGACCUAACAAAUCUUACGCAGCAGGUCCGUUAAGUUGUUUGUACCGGCGGAGUUCCUUGGCCACGACCUUUUUUAAUUAAAUUUUGCUGUUUGGCUAAUUUUUCCUUGAUUCAACAAAAAAAAACAACUUUUCUGUCGCGGGUUGGGUGACGUUCAAAACGUCAAAAUAUGUACACACUCAAAACCGAUUACCAAGAUUUUUAAUAAAAUUGGUUCGGGGCUCAAAGUUCUGGCACGGAGCCAGAACCGCGCCCAAAACCUUGAGUGGCACACUCUUG